AUGGCGGAACGCAUCUUGAUGAACGAAUACAAGGCACUAUCACAAGAGCCUUGGGUGAACAUUGAGGUCAACGAGCAGAACUUCUUGCACUGGACGGUCGGGCUAAUCGUCCUUAACCCGGAUUCCCUAUACUAUGGCGGCUACUUCAAGGCGAUCAUGAAAUUCCCGAGCAACUACCCUUACUCUCCUCCAGAAUUUCGCUUCGUCCGCCCGCUCUUCCACCCGAACAUUUACAAAGACGGCAAGCUUUGCAUUUCCAUCCUUCACGCCCCCGGCGAAGAUGAAAUGUCCGGCGAAUUAGCAUCAGAGCGGUGGUCUCCGGCCCAGCGAGUCGAAUCCGUCCUUAUCUCCAUCCUCUCCUUACUCGACGACGCUGAGAUUUCCUCCCCAGCCAACGUCGAUGCCUCCGUCAUGUUGCGCAAGGACCCCGAUCAAUACAAGUCCAUCGUGCAACGGCACGUGGAGGAAUCCAAGGAUGAUAUCCCAGAGGGCUUCGUCAUGCCCACCCACGAAUCCACCUCCACAUUCAAGCCUGUGGAGAAAGACGACUCGGACUUCUGGGCCGAGAGCGACGUAGACGACGACGUCUUCGGCGGCAGCGACUCCGACGAGGACCUCGACUUCGACGACGAUGACGACCAAGACACGGGCAGUGAAGAAGACGAGCACAUGUCAACCUGA